GUCUGGGGCCCUUGGGACUUCGUCUCCUCUCCGUUGUCAUACCUUCCGUUCUGCUGGCAAUAUCCCGGGUGCGGUAUAUUGGUGUAAUUUUGUCGAGCAUCCGAUGGUCCACGCAGAAACAGAUAAUCCAAGUGCCAAAAUGUCUGAGGAGACGGUGGAGGUGGUUUUGGCCUCUCAGGAGGAAGAGAAGGUGCACUUCGCAGCACCAGCCAUUCAGAAUAACACCGAUGGCUGGGGACCUUGUGAAUUGCCAGAUCAAUUCAAGGAUAUACCCUACCAGCCGUUCUCCAAAGGGGACAGGCUUGGAAAGAUAUCUGACUGGACAGGCUCUGCUUUCCAGGACAAGAAAUUCACAAACAAAUACACAUCGCAGUUUGGCUCCGGAAGUCAAUACGCGUAUUAUCACGAUGAGGAUGAGUCAACGUUCCACCUGGUGGACACUACUCGCGUCCAGAAGCCGCCGUAUCAACGCGGUCGUUUUGGCAAGAACCAGAGGAAUAUGAGGGGUCGUGGGGGUCAGAGGGGUGGUAUGAACCAGAUGCAACAGCUGGGAAAGCUGAAGCUCCGGGAGCGUGAGCGCAAGGGUCAGACGAAACGCUGGGGUCGUCAACAGGGACUGCGAAAUCACAAGAAUCAGCCUCCAAUUAAAAUUCGCGACGCCUCUGUCACCGUACGUCCUGACUGGGUCACCAUCGAGGAGAUGGACUUCCCACGUCUAGCCAAACUCUCUCUUCCUGGUAUCAAGGACGCCGACGAUGUCCUCUGCUGUGGCUCCCUCGAGUACUACGACAAGACCUACGAUCGAGUCAAUGUCAAAAAUGAAAAAGCUCUACAGAGAAUCGAUCGCAUAUUCCAUACUGUCACCACCACUGACGAUCCAGUGAUUCGUAAACUCUCCAAGACCGAGGGCACUGUUUUCGCCACUGAUGCCAUCCUCGCCACCAUCAUGUGCUGCACCAGGAGCAAUUACUCCUGGGACAUCGUCAUCGAGAAAAUCGGUGACAAGUUAUUCUUCGAUAAAAGGGAUAACACGGAGUUCGAUCUUUUGACAGUUAAUGAAACAAGCGUUGAGCCACCUCAAGACGAUGGGAAUUCUCUGAAUUCCCCCAGGAAUCUUGCACUCGAGGCAACAUUCAUCAAUCACAACUUUUCCCAGCAGGUACUCAAGGCCAGCGAGAACAGGUACAAGUUCGAGGAGGGAAAUCCUUUUAUCGGUGAAGAGGAGGAGGUCGAUGUGGCGAGUGUUGCAUAUCGCUACAGAAAAUGGGAUCUCAACAAUGGGAUCACUCUGAUAUGCAGGUGCGAGCAUGACGCUGUGAUGCAAGGGCCCAAUGGUGAGACCCAAUUUCUCACGAUUAAAGCUCUCAACGAGUGGGACUCGAAGCUCGCUAAUGGUGUGGAGUGGAGGCAGAAGCUGGAUACCCAGCGAGGAGCAGUUCUGGCCAAUGAAUUGAGGAAUAAUGCAUGCAAAUUGGCCAAGUGGACUGUCCAGGCCAUUCUCGCUGGCUCUGAUCAGCUCAAAUUUGGGUAUGUCUCCAGGGCCAGUGUCAGGGACUCCAGCAAACACGUCAUCCUGGGCACCCAGCAGUACAAGCCCAAUGAAUUUGCUACCCAGAUUAAUCUUAAUAUGGAUAAUGCCUGGGGAAUCCUUCGUUGCAUCAUUGAUAUUUGUCUUAAGCAGAAGGAUGGAAAGUAUCUCAUCAUGAAGGAUCCCAAUAAACCCAUGAUUCGACUCUACGAUAUCCCUGAUAAUACAUUCGAGAGCGAGGGUGAGGAGGACGAGGACGAGGAUGAACCUGUCAACGAUGCUUUUCAGAAUUGAAUUCCCUAAGUUCAUGCAACUGGCACUCGUAAUGAAUUCCUUCAACUUAUAAUCAUUUCAAUUAUCUUGUGUCUGAUUUUUGUAAUAGAAAGAUGCAUUUUCAGUGAUGAGAAUAAAUCAAUUGGAUUGCAUAUGUUGAUGUCUCA